CGGCGCGGGCUGCGGCGGCUGCGGGCGGAGCGGGGAGCGGAGCGGGGAACGGAGCGGGGCGGGAUGGCGGGCGCCCUGUUGGAGGUGCUGGGCGAGGUGCUGGUGACCGCGGAUGGGGAGGAGGUGGCCGUGUCGGCGCUGGCCGCCCGGGGUGUCUCGCUGGUGGGGCUUUACUUCGGCUGCAGCCUCGGCGGCCCCUGCGCGCAGCUCGGCGCCAGCCUGGCCGCCUUCUACGGGCGCUUCAGGGGGGAGGCGGCGGCGGCCGGCGGGCAGCGCCUCGAGAUCGUCUUCGUGUCGGCCGAGCAGGAGCAGCAGCAGUGGCAGGAGGCCGUGCGGGCCAUGCCCUGGCUGGCGCUGCCCUUCGCCGACAAGCACCGCAAGCUGAAGCUGUGGAACAAGUACAGAGUCUCCAACGUUCCUUCCCUGAUAUUUAUCGAUGCCGCCACCGGGAAGGUGGUUUGCAGGAACGGCCUCCUGGUCAUCCGAGAUGACCCAGAAGGUCUGGAGUUCCCCUGGGGGCCAAAACCCUUCAGUGAAGUUGUUGCUGGGCCUCUGCUAAGGAACAACGGCCAGACGCUAGACAGCAGCGCCCUGGAGGGCUCACACGUUGGCGUCUAUUUCUCUGCACACUGGUGCCCGCCGUGCCGGAGCCUCACCAGGGUCCUGGUGGAGUCCUACCAAAAAAUCAAGGAGGCGGGACAGAAGUUUGAGAUACUCUUCGUUAGUGCGGACAGGUCAGAAGACUCCUUCAAGCAGUAUUUCAGCGAGAUGCCCUGGGUAGCCGUGCCCUACGCCGACGAGGCCAGACGGUCGCGCCUGAAUCGACUCUACGGCAUACAAGGCAUCCCAACCCUCAUCGUGCUGGACCCCAAGGGGGAGGUGAUCACACGGCAGGGCCGGGUGGAGGUGCUGAACGACGUCGAGUGCCGCGAGUUCCCCUGGCACCCCAAGCCCGUGCUGGAGCUGACAGAUUCCAACGCCGUGCAGCUCAACGAGGGCCCCUGCCUCGUCCUCUUCGUAGAUUCAGAGGAUGACGGGGAGUCAGAGGCAGCGAAACAACUGAUUCAACCCAUAGCUGAAAAAAUCAUCGCCAAGUACAAAGCCAAAGAGGAGGAGGCACCGUUGCUCUUCUUCGUGGCAGGCGAGGACGACAUGACCGACUCCCUGCGGGAUUACACCAACCUGCCCGAGGCUGCACCCCUGCUCACCAUCCUGGACAUGUCGGCCCGGGCCAAGUACGUGAUGGAUGUGGAGGAGAUCACGCCCGAGAUCGUGGAAGCCUUUGUCAGCGACUUUCUAGCAGACAAGCUAAAACCUGAGCCCAUCUAAUAGGGGGCUUCUGCACCAACAGACGUUAUUUAAAACUAGGUCUCUCUUCCGCCGCUCGUGGAUUCUCCAGCGUGUCCUCACGCCCGACCCAGUAUCCAACCUCCUUGUGGUGCCUUGUUUUACGCAGUGAAUCCUUCUCCUAAGCAAACUCCUUGAGAUGCACUUUCAGCAGGGAGUCGUUGGCGUUUGGAGACUUCGCUUGUGCUUCAUGGUGAUAUAUUCUCUAAUAACCAGGCCAGAACUGUUCCGUAUCGUUAUUUUAUAGACGGCACUAGCUAGCAGGCAGAUCUUUUUUGCAUGGUGUUCUUCCCAACGUAUGCAUCAGGCAGUGGAUGGGUUUCUCGGGGCUCUUUUCUUUUUCUUCCCUUUCUUUCCUUUCCCACCACCCCUGCUGACUAAAUGACUUUAAGGAAGCAAUAAGGAAGCUGUCCCCUUUGCCCCUGGCCUGUCCUCCUUUUCCCCGUGCCCAGUGCCCUGUCGAGGCCAAGACAAAGUCUUAACUGCUGACAACCUCUGAAAGGCCACGGCGCAGCCGAGCUCUUCCUCCUGGGGGUGGGACCUUUCUGGGUGUGAUGCCCACCUCCCACCCCGAGCACUGGUGGUUGUGCAUGUCGGGGGGACAUUCCCGUCCCCCUUUUUGGAGUCAGGAGGAGAUCCAGCACCCCCGGGCUGCCCUCGCCUCUCCCUUGUGCUCUCCCCAUCCCCUCUCUCCUCUGGUAUGGAUUGUCCUGUCCUCUCUAUGUUAGUUGAUUGAGCUGUUUUUCAUAGGUGUGUCCCAAACCCAACGUUAAUGGUGCUGUUCUUUAAAAAAAUAACCAAAAAAAAAUCCCAACAACUAAAAAAAAUUCCUUCCCUAACCCAAGCAGCACAGCCAAGCCCCCCAAAAGUGACAUUGUAAAAACUGUACAUGGUGAUUGGAACUUUGUAAUAAAAACCGUUAUAAUAA